GCCUGUGCGGUGCAGUCGUAUGUAUAGCGCCGAUACCCAUAAGCCUAUGGCCAGUGUGUGUGCACUACAUAAUGCACUUCAAACUUAAUGACAAAACUUUUUGUUCAUUUGUUUCAAACUUAAGAUCUGUUUUCGUAAGAAAUGUGUUAUUUUUGGAUUCACUACUCAUUUGAAUGAAUUAGUGAUACAUAAGAGACAAACCCUUUAUACCAAUCAGUGAUGAAGUGAUUAAGCCUUCCGUGCGAUACAAGUCUUCACAAUAUUUGUUCACUUUUGAUGCCAUAAGACAAAAUGUGGUUGUCAUCAAUCAUAUGGGUUUCACUACUGCUUAAUGUCCAGCACUUCCAGCCGUCCGAAUGCCAAUCAAACAAAUAUUUCGGUCUAACCGGUAAUGAAAUCAAUCGCGAUCUCAUACUACAGGAACCAACAUACUUCGUGUUGGCCUCCAAGACCUUACGUCCCGGACAAGUAUACCGCGUGUCGGUGACAGUCUAUCGAUCAAAUUUGCCCAUAACUGCGAGGGCAUCCAUUCAGAGGAAUGGCGUCGAGUUAUCGGCGUCUGUCCAGGAAUGCAAAGAACGUAUUCCCGAGACAUUACUUCUUCGCGUUCCCCCGACUUCCAGACCCGGAGUCUAUAAACUGAGGGUUGAGGGCAACGUUAACGGUGUUUUGGGGGGCACCGCCUUCUAUAACGAGACUUAUUUGGAGUUUUCCCAGCGAUCGAUGACUAUAUUUGUCACCACAGAUAAGCCAAUCUAUAUGCAGGGACAGACAGUCAGGUUUAGGGCUAUCCCUAUCACAACCGACUUAAAAGCGUUUUCCGAUGCAAUCGAUAUCUAUAUGCUUGACCCGAGGGGUGCAAUCAUGAGGAGGUGGCUUUCCAGACAAAGCAAUUUAGGGGCUGUCAGUCUUGAAUAUCCAUUGUCUCAACAACCGGUUUAUGGCCAGAAUUGGACGAUACGUGUUGUGGCUCAGGGACAGGUUGAGGAGAAACAGUUUGCUGUUGAAGAAUAUUAUCAGACGAGGUUUGAAGUGAACGUAUCGAUGCCGGCGUUCUUCCUCCAGACAGACAAUUAUAUCUACGGCUCGAUUAUGGCUAACUUCACGAGUGGUAUACCAGUGAUCGGAAAUCUGACGAUUGUGUACACUCUGCUCUCUUCCAACAAACAAAUCGUUUCCCAAAACUAUUUCGAUCGCCCGGCCAUUGAAACCACAGAAAGAUAUUUUAAAGGCUAUUAUGAGUUCCGACGUCCGAUGACCGAAGUCAUUGACCAAUUGGGCGGCGGCUCAUCACUGGACGGCGCGAAGAUAACGGUGACUGCGUUUGUUGGCGAGCGGUUCCUUAACCUCAUCUACUCGGGUCACGCGCGCGCCUACAUCUUCAGCUCCAAAGUCAAGCUUAAGCUCUUGGGCGCCUCACCACAAGUGUUCAAACCUCCGAUGCCUUUCAAAGCGUACGCCGCCGUCUCGUUUAACGACGGCUCGCCUCUACCUUACGAUCGACUCAUUUACGAGAAGCUGGAGGUGCGGGUGAAGGUCCAGUUCCAUCGACUCGGCUCUAAGAUGUUGCAAGCCAUGGAAGUGCCCAUGUCUUUGAAUAAUCCGGGUCUUUGGGAGAUCUCAAUCAACUUAAAGGAAGAACUUAAUAGCAAACAACUUAUAGAUGACGUCCAGUACUUAUCUCUCGACGCCUUCUUCAGGGAUGCCAACGGAGACACAAUUCGCGCACAAGAGCUCAGAGCUUACUCUAGUUAUUCACCAACUGAUCGCUUGAUUCAGAUCUCGACGUCUACUAAACAGCCAAAAGUUGGCGAAUAUAUCAUAUUUCACGUCCGAACCAAUUAUUACGUGAAGCUAUUCUCGUAUGUAAUCAUCUCGAAGGGAAUGGUUCUCAUCAAUGGCAGGGAAGAGAUGUCGUCCUCUAUAAAGACUUUCGCUGUGAGUCUGUCGCCCGAAAUGGCGCCGACCUCUACGAUCGUCAUCUACGACAUCGCCCGCGGCAGCGAAGUGGUGGCCGACUCACUGACAUUCCCUGUGGACGGCAUUUCACGAAACAACUUCACAGUUACGCUGAAUAACAGAAAGGAUAAAACUGGAGACACAAUAGAAGUGGUAGUGUUGGGACAGCCGGGCACUUAUGUGGGCCUAUCAGCGCUCGACAAAGAUUUAUCUCUAUUACAAGUCGGUAAUCAAAUAAACUAUGCGGACGUCUUAAGAAAGAUGAGUACUUUCGACCAAUCAGUCACUGCCAGGAAUGGGACACUUCAUCAUCUCUGGCUCUCCAGAGAGGGACGCGUCGAUCGAUUCCUUCACUUUCCGGCGCCUUCCUAUGGAAUCGACGCAAACAAGACGUUUGAAAGCGCUGGUCUGGUUAUCUUCACUGACGCUAAUGUGACCCAAAAGUACGAUAAUUGCAACCAAACGCUGGGCUUUCUCUCCUGUUUGGACGGAACCUGUUAUCACUCCUCAAAGACUUGCGACGGAAAGUACGACUGCAGGGAUGGCACCGACGAGGGCUCGUGCGCAGAAAGGGAUGAAUACAAUUUGGUUCAGUUUAGGAUGAGUCGUACCAAUCGAUUACAGCGCCUGUAUGACAACACUUGGCUCUGGAAAGACAUUAACAUUGGGCCUCUCGGGUAUUAUAUAUUCAAAGCUCCCGUUCCUAAUGCACCGGUCACUUGGAUUGUAAAUGCGUUUGGUAUGAGCAGUACGAGUGGCUUUGGUAUUCAACAGUCAAACAUAGAGUACUCGAGUGUCCGACCCUUUUAUAUGAACGUAGAGAUGCCUCCCGUUUGUCUGAUUGGCGAACAGAUAGGCGUACGGAUCAGUAUUUUUAAUUACUUGCCGUAUGAGAUAGAAGUGAUUGUAGUGUUGGCCCGAUCUCACGACUAUAAGUUUGUUCACGUCGAGCCAUUUGGCAGAGUCCAGUCGUAUAAUCCGCGCACAUCCUAUGGACAGCACCAACACUUGAUUUUGAUAUAUCCGGGCAGAACAUCCGUGGUUUAUAUGCCAAUAGUUGCCCAGCGAUUGGGUCUCAUCAAUGUCACAGUUAUGGCUAAAACACAGGUCGCCAAAGAUAUAGUGACCAAAACAUUGAGAGUAGAACCGGACGGCAUUCCACAGUAUACCCACACAUCUGUCGUAUUAGACUUAUCUCAAGGCGCAUACCUUAUCAAGUAUUUGGAAACUAAUGUCACAGAAAGUCCAAUCAUACCAUACCGUCAGGAAAGGCGAUAUGUUUUUGGAUCAAAUAAGGCUAAGAUCUCAGUGGUAGGGGAUGUGGUGGGGCCCUCCUUCCCAGCAAUGCCUAUGAAUGCGACCUCAAUGUUGCGGAAGCCGUUUGAUUGCGCCGAACAAAACAUGUUUAACUUUGCGAUCAAUAUGUAUACACUUUUCUAUCUGAGACUUACGGGUCAGCGGCGAUCAGAUCUGGAGAAACAGGCGUUUAAAUACUUGAAUAUUCAAUACCAGAGACAAUUGAGUUAUAAGAAUAGUGACGGAUCUUUCAGAGCCUUCCGCUGGAAUAAUAAGCCCAGUGUUUGGAUGACUGCCUUUUGCGCCCGUAUUCUACAUAAGGCAACGUUUCAGGAGUGGGAGAACUUCCUAUACAUCGACCCCAACAUCAUUCAGGACGCCAUCGCAUGGCUUCUCAAGUUCCAGACACCCGAAGGAGCUUUUGUUGAGACUUCACUCAUACCACACAAUAGGCGAAUGAAUUUGACGUCAAAGAUAUAUAUGGAUCACUCGAGUCUCAGGAAUAUCUCAUUGACGGCUCAUGUGUUGAUCACUUUGGCCGAAGUGCGUGACCUGAGGGGUGACAUCGGAGCUAAAGCCGCCACCGCUCGCACCGGCGCUCAGAGAUAUUUAGAGCGAAUGCUUCACAUUAUCACUAAUUAUGAGGACCCAUACGAGUUGGCCAUCACUUCAUACGCUCUGAGUUUAGUUAACUCCGUGGAAACGGAUGAAGCAUUCAAUUUGUUGGACCAAAAGAUGCGAGAAGUGAGUGGAAUGAGGUAUUGGGGCCGAGAAGCCAUUCCUCCGCCCAAAACGCAAAUUGAAAACAAUAGACCCUUUUUGUUGCCACGACUGCCCCAUAAAUACGACUCGUCUAACAUUGAGACGACAGCUUAUGGACUGUUAGUUCAUAUCGCAAAACAGGCAGUUAUUCAGAAAGAGAUCGUCGAGUGGCUGAACAACCAGCGCCUGUACGACGCCGGGUGGGCCUCAACACAGGACUCUGUGAUUGCAUUGCAAGCGCUCAUUGAAUACGCGGUUCAGUCGCGACUCAGAGAAGUGACGGACAUUAAGAUCACAAUCGAAGCGCCGUCCUCUCGAAACUUCUCCAAAACGGUUCACAUCGGAGAAGACAAUCUUUCGCAGCUCCAGGAGUUUGAUAUUCCCAACCCAUUCGGUGCGGUCAUUGUGAAGGCACAGGGUUCGGGACUGGCUAUCGUCCAGUUGGACGUCCAGUAUAAUGUUGAUUGGCCGCACCUACAGAUCCAACCGCCCGUUCGGGCCUUUGAUUUGGACGUAACGGCAACUUUUAGCGGUCGAAACAGUUCUCACAUUACGUUUAGGUCGUGCCAGCGAUGGGUGAACACACUGGAGAGCUCUGCCAGUGGUUUGACUGUAUUGGAGGUAACCAUUCCGACCGGUUAUGUGAUUCAACAGCAAGAGUUAGACCUGAUUGUGAAGACGACAUCUCUGAGCAAUUUAGAGGAGGCGCGUCAGUACGACCGCAAAGUUGUCUUUUAUUUUGAUUACUUGGAUAUUAACCCGACGUGUGUGUCAUUCACUGUCCAGCGUUGGUAUCCAGUCGCUAAUUUGACUCGUUAUAUACCGGUGCGAGUCUACGACUAUUACGCUCCGGGUAUGUAUUAA